GGCUGGUAAAAGCUGCCGGUUUGACUCAAAAUGGCGGGAGAGUCAAGCCAGGCUCAGUGACUGACGAGAAAAAAAUAUGCCGUUACAGCCUUUUACUUUUGACAAAAAACCAGACAUUCGUCUUGUAAUAUACCAAAAUACAGUUUAUAAGAUUAAGGUGACUUGCAGGCAGUCUUCUAACCGAGAAAGUAUUCGACAGUUGUUUUUAGAAGAUAAAAACAAUAAAGAUCUGGAGAGAGUUGUUUGUGCCAUAUUGAACACACAUGAUCUUAUACCAGUGCAAACAGACAACUUUGUCGUCUAUCCUUAUAAAAACUACUGGGAAACAAGAGAAAGACUGUUGUUUUCCCAGCAUGGUCAUUUCUUAGAGGCUCAUAAAUACUCCUUUACAUUUUAUGUGGAAGAGAAACAACUAAUCCACAGGCAAAGCUUAGAAACAGACAGUGCUCGGGAACAAGAAGAGCAUCCCAAUCCGACUUCAAUACCAAGUGGUAGCAAAGAGAGAGUUGUCACUGAGUAUGGACAGAAAAACCGUCAUGAUGUUGAAGAGAAGGAACUGAAGGAGUUUCUCAGACUUCAAAAGUUGGCAAGUAAAGAUGAUACGCAAACUGAAGAUAAUGAGCGCCCAACUUCAGGACUUCAAAAAGUAUUCAAUGCCUUGGUUUCUCCAGUGCGGUCAUUACUUGGAAAUUAAAAUAUCCAUUUACUGACAGCAUCAUCAGACCCAUGAGGAAGAAAGUUGUCUUUUUGGUUUGAGCCCAACAGAGGAAAAGAAUCCAGCAUAAAGAAUAACCAAUUUCCAAAAAGCUGAGUUGAAUUUUAAAUUGUAUGUUGUGUGAUCAAAUUUAUCCCUAAAGUACAGUUUUAUCAAUUUUUUAUACUUCACACAAAAGACUUGAAUUUAACUUAUUAUAAUAUUGUAAACAUUUGAGAUGUCAUUAUGUAGCUUUUGUAAUGCAGUUCAUUAAUAAAAUUAAGAAGUCUUUCAGGAGAAAG